AUGGCAGAAGAUAGAAAUGCAAUUGGGAUCGAUCUGGGGACAACUCAUUCGUGUGUAGCGGUAUGGCAGGCUGAUCAUGUAGAAAUCCUGGUGAACGGUCAGGGUAACAGGACAACUCGAUCUUAUGUUACAUUCACGGAUACUAACAGGUUGGUAGGUGAUGAAGCCUUUAACCAAGCCGUCAGAUUCCCCGCCAACUCAGUCUUUGAUGCAAAGCGGUUAAUUGGUAGGAGAUUCAGUGAGAUGUCUGUUCGAAGUGACAUCAAGUGCUGGCCAUUCAAGGUCAUUGAAGGUCCGGAGGACAAGCCCAUGAUUGUGAUUAGACACAGGGGCGAAGAGAAACGGUUUGCUGCUGAAGAUAUCUCAUCCAUGGUUCUGGCGAAGAUGCGGGAGAUUGCUGAGAACUUCCUGUGCUCAAAUAUUAGUGUGAUAAAUGCAGUUAUCACGGUCCCCUCUUACUUCAAUGACGCUCAGCGCCAGGCUACAAUAAAGGCUGGUGAAUUAGCCGGCUUGAACGUGCUGCGCAUUCUCAACGAACCGACAGCUGCAGCUAUUGCUUACGGCAUUGACAAGAAGGCUGGUCGGCACAAGCGAAAUGUGAUGAUAUUCGAUUGGGGUGGUGGAACUUUAGAUGUGUCUCUGCUUACCAUAGGUAAUGGUGUGUUUGAAGUGAAGGCCACUGCUGGAGACACUCACCUUGGCGGUGAAGACUUGGAUAACAGAUUGGUGAAUUACUGUGUCCAAGAAUUCAAGAAAAAGUAUCGAGUGGACAUUGGUGGAAACUCCAAAGCUCUUCGGAGGGCCAAAACCGAGUGUGAGAAUGCAAAGAAGGCUCUUUCACAUUCGUUUGAAAGCAGCAUUGUAAUUGACUGUUGGUACCAGGGUGAAGAUUUCUAUACAACCUUUACCCGGGACGAAUUUGAACAAAUGAACAUGGACAUCUUCCACAAGUGCAUGGAGCCUGUGAAAAAGUGUUUGGAGGAUGCCAAAAUGGACAUAAGCGAUGUCGACGACGUUGUUCUUGUUGGUGGCUCUUCAAGAAUUCCAAAGGUGCAAGAGCUAUUACAGGAGGUUUUCAAGGGUAAGGAGUUGUGCAGGAACAUUAAUCCUGAUGAGGCGGUGGCAUAUGGAGCCGCUGUUCAAGCUGCAGUCUUGACUGGCAAUGUAACAGGGAAGCUUGAAGACUUCACUCUCUUGGAGGUCACGCCCCUAUCACUUGGGUUGGAGACCAUGGAACAUAAUAGUUCCAAAUUUUACAUGAAUGUUGUGAUUCCAAGAAACUCAAGAAUUCCCGUCAGGUUGAAAACAAACGUAACCACUGUUUAUGACAACCAAGAUGCUGUUGAGUUCCCCAUUUAUGAGGGUGAAAGUAAAAUAGCCAAAAACAAUAACUUUUUGGGCAAAUUUUCCCUCGAAGGCAUUCCUCCGGCUCCCAAGGGUGUUCCGAGUUUCGCUGUUUACUUUGAUAUUGAUGCAAAUGGAGUUUUGAGUGUCUCUGCCGAGGAUAGGUCCACCGGCCAGAAGGAAGAGAUCACAAUCACCGGUGACACACGAAAGAGGUUUUGA